UGCAAACCGAUAUUUAAUUAAAGUGAUCAGGAUCAGAGAUUUGUGAAGUUAAUAAUUUUGGUUGGCUAUUAUACCAAACAUUUCAUAAUGGUUGUAAUGGAUAAUAUCACCCUCUUGCGCCUAGAGAACGGUGGUCUGGAUGAUGUAAAGAAUAUAUUAAAGAAUUUCAUUGAGAAGCAUAAACAAUCUUUUACAUUUGCUGAGCUGAACAUUGAUGAUCGUCGCAAGAAGCUUUGGACUCUUCUCUUCUCACAUCUGGACAAACCAUCCUCAGCCAGUUGCCACAAAGAAUGUCUGGCAUGUGUUCGCAUCUUGAGCCGGGAGAAGGCGGACUUGGAAGAGUUGUGUUGUGAGAAGUGGAUGAACAUUCUUCUCUACCAUGCGGGUUUGGUGCCGCAGGAACAAGCCAUGCUCAUGACUAACCAGCCGUUUGACAACUUUGAUGUUGUCCUGGAGGCCAUGAAGUGCUUGUGCAACCUGAUUUUCAACUGUGAGCAGGCUCAGAAGUUGUGUAGUCACAACCAUGCCAUUGAGGCUAUCAUGAUCCGCCUCCGCACCUACCGCGACCCACUACUGCCUCAUGAGAUCAAGUUCUUCGACAUGAGGAUGCUGUUCGUCAUGACUGCCCUCCAGCCUGAAAUAAGACCCCGCUUAAAGGAAGAGCUACAUGGAUUGACCUACUUAAUGGAAAUCUUAGACCUAAUACUGAAGGAAGCCUCAGGAGAAGAAGAAGAACGCACCGCUUGUUCUAGACCACCAGUUUUACUAGACAGUCAAGUACAGCUGGCCAGUGAGGUGCUGAAGGUGUUGUUCAACCUGACAUGCAAGAGUCAAGGAGUGCCAGAUGAGUUGCUGAGUACCGGUAUGCUUUGUCAUGUUGACAGUCAAGUACAGCUGGCCAGUGAGGUGCUGAAGGUGUUGUUCAACCUGACAUGCAAGAGUCAAGGAGUGCCAGAUGAGUUGCUGAGUAUGCUUUGUCGUGUUGACAGUCAAGUACAGCUGGCCAGUGAGGUGCUGAAGGUGUUGUUCAACCUGACAUGCAAGAGUCAAGGAGUGCCAGACGAGUUGCUGAGUAUGCUUUGUCGUGUUGACAGUCAAGUACAGCUGGCCAGUGAGGUGCUGAAGGUGUUGUUCAACCUGACAUGCAAGAGUCAAGGAGUGCCAGACGAUGCUGAGUACCGGUAUGCUUUGUCAUGUUGUAGGACAGUCAAGUACAGCUGGCCAGACAGUCAAGUACAGCUGGCCAGUGAGGUGCUGAAGGUGUUGUUCAACCUGACAUGCAAGAGUCAAGGAGUGCCAGACGAGUUGCUGAGUACCGGUAUGCUUUGUCAUGUUGACAGUCAAGUACAGCUGGCCAGUGAGGUGCUGAAGGUGUUGUUCAACCUGACAUGCAAGAGUCAAGGAGUGCCAGACGAGUUGCUGAGUAUGCUUUGUCGUGUUGACAGUCAAGUACAGCUGGCCAGUGAGGUGCUGAAGGUGUUGUUCAACCUGACAUGCAAGAGUCAAGGAGUGCCAGACGAGUUGCUGAGUACCGGUAUGCUUUGUCAUGUUGACAGUCAAGUACAGCUGGCCAGUGAGGUGCUGAAGGUGUUGUUCAACCUGACAUGCAAGAGUCAAGGAGUGCCAGACGAGUUGCUGAGUAUGCUUUGUCGUGUUGACAGUCAAGUACAGCUGGCCAGUGAGGUGCUGAAGGUGUUGUUCAACCUGACAUGCAAGAGUCAAGGAGUGCCAGACGAGUUGCUGAGUACCGGUAUGCUUUGUCAUGUUGACAGUCAAGUACAGCUGGCCAGUGAGGUGCUGAAGGUGUUGUUCAACCUGACAUGCAAGAGUCAAGGAGUGCCAGACGAGUUGCUGAGUAUGCUUUGUCGUGUUGACAGUCAAGUACAGCUGGCCAGUGAGGUGCUGAAGGUGUUGUUCAACCUGACAUGCAAGAGUCAAGGAGUGCCAGACGAGGAGGAGGACGCCCAGCUGGUCAGACUGGAGUCCAUACUCAAGGAUCUACUCUUGUGUGACACAGAGCCUGCAUCCAACAAGGAAAUGCUGCACACGCACGUGGUAAACUUGCUGACCACAAUGCCAGGCAAGUGCCACCAAGAGUUAAUGACUCCUCUGACGAAAGAUGUACCCAAGGAUGCAGAGUUUGAGGGAUACAACAUGGAGGCCAUGGCUGUCCUCGUUGGCUUCCUGACCACCAGGCUGGACCAGACUCCGGGUGUACAGAGUCUACAGGAGCGCUUGGCUCCCAUCGUCACAGUGUUGCUGGAGUGUGCCAUCAACCACCGACUGUUGCGCAAGUAUCUGCGAUGGCGCAUACUGCCACCUCUGCGCGACGUGCACACUCGCCCGGAGGAGGGGCAGACGCUGCGCAACAAGCUGUGUCGUCUGCUCACCUCACCUGUCACCAACGUGCGAGACCUGGUAGCCGAGUUGCUGUUUGUACUGUGCAAGGAGAGUGUUUCCCGGAUGAUCAAGUACACUGGGUAUGGCAAUGCUGCUGGACAGUUUGCCAACAGAGGUCUACUGGCUCAACAUCAGGGCAGUCAACCUCACGGACAAUACAGCUCUGACAGUGACAGUGAGACUGAUGAGUAUGCUACUUACAAACACGGCAUCAACCCGGUGGUCGGAUGUUACGAGCCACCCAGGCCUGACCCCACGGCUCACAUGACGGAGGAACAAAAGGAAUAUGAGGCAAUGCAACUGGUCAACAUGAUGGACAAACUGCACAGGCAAGGUGUGAUCAACCCUUGUCGUAUUGGGGAGGAUGGCCGGCCGGAACCUGUUGGACAUAUCAUGGAGUUGCAGGAAGAACUACCUAGACAACAGGUGAGCGGAGGUAAAGUCGAGGGUGCGGACGACUGAGUCAACUUCUGACUGUACUAACAGCUCCAGCUGAUGUGAUACUAACCUCACUGAUGCCACAAGGUUAUCUCAGUGGACUCUCAGAUAUAAGGAUGAAAAUGUCAAUAAUUUAGGGGAACUGGAGAACUUGUAACAUAAAACUUUUAACUUCUAUCUCAUCUAUAGAUACUGAAAGUAUAUUUCUCACCCUUGUUAUUAUCACAGUGCUGUUGUUGACUAAAUAUUAAGUCUUGGUUAGGGAUGGAUUUUACAGCAUGAGGUAGUUUGUCGGUGAAAGAGAUUGAAAGAUUUGUUUCUGUACAGUAGACUCCUACUCGUCAGGAUCCGCUGAGUUCUGUCGGUUAUCCCAAUGCUUUUUCCAAAGUUGCGUAAACAAUCAAGUUAUAAGCUGUUAUAGCACAACUCAAUAGAUUUCACGUCACUGCAAACAAAUUUUAAUUAUUUGUGUUUAUAUUUUUUUUAUUUUACUAAUUUUUUUAAAAACCGUAUGCUAUUUUAAAACUUAUCCUGUAAUUUUUGUUUGAAAUUUUGAUGGUUUUGAAUUAUUAACUGCAUCAAUAUUUGAGACAAGGAAGACUAUAUUAAUUUAACCCUGAUAUGAGGAAAAACGAGUGUGAGCUGGAUGGUUGUUUAGUUAUAGUGAAUUUUUAGUUGGCUUCUACUCUCUCUCUCGCUCUCUCUCUCUAUCUCUCUCUCUCCCUGACGUUCUAACCAUAAGUAACAACUGGCACAAGUGAUAAGAGUGAGAAAUCUCCCAAAACUAUUGUUAAUCCAUACCUCUAUCAAUGGUAGGUUGUUUUAAAGCAUUCAUGAUGAACAUUGAAUAAGUAUUUGGUUAAUUUUUUAGUUCUUGAAUUUUAUAGUUCAACUGCGUACCUUUAAAAAUUGUAUUUUAUUUUAACAUUGCUCUGUAAGAUAAUAUGUGUUCACAUUAUGCAUUGAAGAUUAGUUAUUUGUUAAUUAAAAUGUUUUCUAGUUCCCUUGAUCCUAAUUCAGUAAAUACUUUUCAUCCUUAUGCCUACUUGUCAAAUGAUAUGAUAAGUCGUCUGUUUAUAUAAGUAAUUGAUAAGGGUAAUUUGGUUUCCACAAUGAAAUGGAAAUACUAAAUUAUAUGUGUAGAUGUGAAUCUGUAUAAAAAGGAAGUGAACGGGAACUGUUACCUAAACUAUUAUAUCCCAGGUUUCUUCCACCUCCCGAUUAAUUAUGUUAAAUGAUUUAACACUUUUAAUGGUACGUCCAGUGAGAUCUUUUGUAAGAGAAAUCACUUUGAAGUUGUUUGCUUUGCAAAAAAGAACUAUUGAGUUUAUUGUUUUUUAAAUGUGUUUUUAAAAUCUUUUAUAGUUUAAGGUGGUUAAGCUAAUCCAAUAUAAUUGUUCAAUAUGACUUUGUUUGUAAAUCUGAAGUUUCUUAAACCAGUAAACAGAAUGAUGGAACAAUUUUGUCAUACUGUAGAGAACAGUGUUUUUUAACAAAAAAUGUGUUGCUGGGCAAAAGUUUAUUUUUAUUGGCUACAUUAAAGGCGAUCAGCCGAAGUCAAAGACAUCAGCUGUAAAUUUUUGACAGUAGUAGCAUCUUGUUCGCGGAUUUAGCAAAAAAAUAAUUCUAAUUAAUGAAUAAAUUAGUGUUUAUUAUUAAAUUUAAUUUUUGUUUAUUAUCUCAUUAUACUGUAUGUAUUUUACUUAAGUAAAUGGCCCAUUAUCAAUAUUUAGAUGAAUUUAAAUGUAAACAUAUUUUAUCAGUUUGAAUUCCUCAUAUUGUUGAAGAAGUAAUACCUGUGUUGCAUCUAACUUUCAACAGCUAUUUGUAAAAAAGAUGAGAAGCUUUAGAAAGUUAAUUUAGUUAAGUAAACAAUUUACAACAAUUAACUUUUAGUCAUCCUCAAAAAAUGGUGCAAUAUGACAAAAAAAUAGAGUUCAUCACACAUGCCAAAAGUGUCCCUUUAAUCCUCGCUUAGUUUCAGAUCUCGACAUCACCUAGUCAUUAAACUUGAGCUUGAGUCGUAAAAGUCACUUUAGGUCCUUGUGAUGACAUAUACUAUUUUUUUUGUAAGAAAGCACAGAAUUUACUAUCAUAAGAAAGCACAGUACUUGAAACCUAAUAUGACUUUGUUUGUAUCCAUACUCAAGUUUAAGCUGAAAUUGCAUUUGUAAAUAACCUAACAGAAAUGUGACAAUUUAUUCAUUUCUUACUUUUUGAUUCUGUAGUGUUGCGUUGAUGCUGCCAUGUAUUUUCUAAGGUACUCUUGGGCUAAAUAUUUCUUAAGAUUUUACAUUUUCAUACCAUGAUAAUUUUUUUAAUCAUUGAAACAUUUGAGUAUAUAAGUAAUAAUUGUGUUAUAGGUAAAAAUGUGUUUCGGGACCAAUAAAAAAUUGUGUAUAUUAUAAUAAUUCUCUUAAAAAUGAUUUUAUAAGUGAAAUGUAUGGGCACAUUUUUGUUUUCCCCUUUUAUUAUUGUAUUUUUUAAACUUUGAUUAAUUUCACUCACAGUGGUGAAAAGGAAAUGGAAAAUGAAAGAAAGUAUUUUGAUUUAUUCAGCACUGGUUCUGUAUUAUAUGAGUACAAUCAGACUAAUACGCUUAGCAGUAUGUGUGUUGCGUCUUAGAUUAAAUCAAAUGUGUGAGUAAAAUAGUGGAAUGGUGUGCGAUGUUGUAAUUAAGUUCAAGUUACGUGUUUAAGAAUACCUACCAAAAAACUCAGUAGGAAUAAAAAAAAAACAAUAUUAUGUAUUUAAUAAUCAAUAAAUAAUUUAAAAAAAGUGCAUAAAUGGUUUAUCCUUGUUUAGCCUUAGGAUAGCUUACGUUGGUGCUAAAGACAGUUGUUAAAUACGAUCUGUAGACUAUUAUAAGAAGAAAGAAGGUACUAACACCGUUUUCAGAAACAAUGUUGGAUAUGAGUUUUUGCCAAGAAAGGUUCAACUAUUUGCAGAAAGUACGGUUUUCACAAAUUUCAUAGUAAAUCAGACCGCUAUUGUCUGAACUUUUUGUACCAUGAACGUAUAUAAACAUUCUCAACUAAGCUCAAUACAACUAAUUACCUUAAGAGGGUUCCCUACCCCCGCCGAAAAACGUCAGAAAACCGCUUCCCGCUGUAUCAUAUAGCGAUUCUAGUUUUAACAUUUAAAUUGUGAACCAAACACCAUUUUGUACAUAAAGAGUGGUUCUACUAAGUUUGCUUUUUAAAAAAUUUCUAUGCUUACGCAAUCAAGGGCAACGACUUGUCAAAGUUAGUGAACUUUACAGUUAAAUAAUAAUAUCUUUUUAUGAAAUUAUCGAUUUUUAAUAAAGCAAUAUUAGUGCGAAAUUUAACUAAAAAUAUCAAUUCACUUUUAGUUUCAAGAAAAGAUUAUUUUUUGUAUGUGCAAAAUGAAACCGCGUAAAACCUUGCACGGCGAAAAGUGCUAUGAUUCUGACGGACUCUAGCGGCCUUUAUCGAAACUACUGUCUCGCGGAGGGACCACAAUAAUGCUAAAUGGACCAGCAGACAGCAAUCCUAGGGAAUAUUUUGUCGUCUUGUAGUUCCAACUAAACUCACCAGGGUCGCAGAAAAUUGAAAACAGUUAGAGGUAGGGAACCCCCUUAAGGAUGUGCCUAAAUGAAUGAACUCUAAACCACUGUGAAUUUGGAACAGUUGCUUAUUUUAAAACACAAACAUCAUUUGUCCUUCACUUUCAAUCGUGUUGUCUUAGAAAUAAACAUCAUUAAUUUAUUUUCCUUUUUCCCUCCCAAAUGAUCGUAAGAUGCCCAUUAAUUGAAACUCAACAAGAAAAAACAAUAAUUACACAUUUUAUCGCUCACUAUACGCAUAAAAAAAACUGUAAUUUUCAUUAUUGGAUCCUGAGAUAAAUUUAAAAUACUUUGAAGCUAUACUCUUGAAAUUCUGAAAAAAUUUAAACAAAGAAAGUAAAUCGGUGAUCGUGUAACUAAUUAUUGAAUUUUUCAUAGAAUUUUCAGACAAGUAACCAAGGUUCCUCACGAUUUCAGUUGUAAGAACAAAUUUUUAAAGUUUCCGUUUCGGUUUCAAGAUUUAACAUUUCGGUUUUUGACCAUAAAUAAUGGGGAGAAAUAAUCAAUCUAGGAACCCCUGUUUUAUUAUUGUUUUAAUACAUCGCACACCCUUCUCUUAUGCUAGUUUAAGGUAGAGUAGAUUAUGUGGUGUUGUACACUUUGCCACUUGUAUGGAGUGGCUGUAUUCGUGCUAUGUUAGCAUUCCUAACCCAUAUUGUAAUUAUUAAGCGUGACAAUAGCGUGUGUAUAGAUAUACAGUAGACUAUAGCAGCAUCUCAUAUCAUACAUGUGACAUUGUACACCAAAGUACACAGCGAAUGUUUGCAACUCAGCGUAAAGCGUUUCUUAAGUUCUUGACAUGUUCACUGUUUUGUAAUACUUCUGUUUUAUGUUAGUAUCUUGAAGAUCACAUAGACAACUUGGGUAUAAAAAAUUAUAUAAAUAAAAAUUUAACUUCACGGAUAAAAUCAUGAUAAUAGCAAUAAUUGUUCAUUUAUUUAAAAAUUGUUUGGGGAAAUAUCCUAUAUUUUGUACUAAAUAUAUUUAUGCGUCUGACAAAGUAUGCUCAAUAAUAUGAUGAUUAAUUUAUGUAUACUAGUAGAAACCUGCCAUAAACGAUAAACAAGUUUUCUAACCAGAAGUAAUUAAACCAUCAAUGGUAGACUGAUUAAUUAUGGUAUAAGCAAACGGUACCAGUAACCAAACUAUGAAUAUCUUUGUUCAGGGACUUGUGUCAGUUUUUUUCUUAAAUAAAAAGACUAUUUAGAAAAACACCAGCCCUAUUGUUACCUUGACAAGUCUCAGGACUAGAGAGCCAUAUCAUCUAGAGCUAUAUCAGCUGGUAGGACAAGCAAAGAGCAAUAGUCAGACUCUACAUAUUAAUUGACUGUAAGAUUCCAGUUUCCAACAAUAAUAUGUUAACUAAAAUAUCUGUGGCCAAGUGACCUGCACCAAUAAAAAAAUAAAAUAAAAACAUUAAUAUGGACUUUAUAAGAAAAUUGUAUUGAUGUGCAUGUAUAGGAAACAACACACUUUAAAAAUUAUGUUGGUCUAUUGAAUUUUACUCUAUUGUUGAGUUCAAUGAAAUUUUGAUAUAAUAUUGAUUUGUGGUUUUAAGUUUUUAUAAUUUGACACUACGUACGUUAUUCACUGUUGAUAAUAGUGUCCAAAAAGAACAGUUUUGUAUACAAAUACAACAUAGAAAAAGAAAAAGCCAUACAAAUAUGUUUAGGAAACCAUUAACAGUUAGCUGUUUAGGUGCUACACAAGCCAUGUCAUCUGAUGUUCCGAGUAGGCUGUUAGUAACCCAUCUGACUUCCUCAAGGUUGUCAGGCAAUAGCCCACGUCUGGUGGGAUAGAAUAAAGAAACCAAUAAAACACUUAAAAGUUAGUCUUGUGCUGUAAAACUAAGAUGAAAUGCUUUAGAACAGAGCUUGUUUUUCUAGAAUAUUAGAUAUAAGAGUAAAAACUAGAUAUUAAAACCAAUUUGUACGUUUUCAUUGCCAUUAUGAACAAAAUUUGUUUCAUAAACAUAGACGUAUGAUUCCCAUAAAUUUGUUGUGCCACUUAUUACUUAAUACAACUUAAAUGUUAUAUUUGUCAGUAAAUAACAAAAUAAUGUAAAAACUAGUUAUAGAAUCUUAUAAAACCACAUUCAAACCAGUCUUGAUCAUUUAAACCCUAACUCAUUUGUGUAAAUGUUGUAAACUUAAAAGUGUAAGCUUGAUGUAAAUUUGUGAUGAAAGUAGGUUAGAAACUUUGAACUAUUUAUUGUUUGAAAGGGUAAAAUAAUUUAUCAAAGCAUUUAAUAAUUGUUUCUGUUCUUUUAUGUUUUCAAUAAAUAUAUUGUAAAAU